AGCACCAGAGAACAACAUUAUACACCCGACUAUUGAAAAGAGAGAAAGAAAGAGGACAGACUGUGUUUCGGGAGGAUUUGACUGGAAGGGAGUGGAGAGCUGGACUAAAUCAUGGCCACAUCUACGUCUUGCACUGGUUGCACAUUGCUGCAGCCAAUUAGUGAGAUUAUCGACCUACCGCUGGACCAGGUGAACUUUGUGGUGUGCCAGCUCUUUGCCCUGGUAAUGGCCUUCUGGUUCAGGCUCUACCUGCACCCCAGUAAGACCAGUCCCUUCAUCCGGCAUGUAGUCGCCACCCUGCUGGGCUUCUAUCUGGCUCUCUUCUGCUUUGGCUGGUAUGCUUUACACUUUCUUGUACAGAGCGGUCUUGCCUAUGGCGUAAUGAUUUUCACAGGCGUGGAACACAUGCACAAAUACUGCUUUGUGGUUACGCUGGGAUACCUCAGUUUCUGCCAAAUCACCAGAGUGUAUGUGUUUGACUAUGGCAUGUACUCAGCGGACUUCACUGGGCCCAUGAUGGUUAUCACUCAGAAGAUCACUUGCUUGGCAUUUGAGAUUCAUGACGGUCUGAUGAAGAGGGAGGAGCAUCUGAAACCCAGUCAAAAGUAUCUUGCUGUCAGAAAAAUGCCCAGUCUGCUGGCGUAUCUGAGUUAUAACUGUAACUUCAUGGGGAUCCUGGCAGGCCCGACUUGCUCUUACAAUGAUUACAUAGCCUUUAUAGAGGGCAGAUGCUACGAGCUCAGACAUGUGGAGUCAAAUGGAAAAGAGAACUGCAAAUUCAAGCAGAGUGACCCUUCACCUAAGAGGGAUGUGAUCCAGAAAGUCUUCACAUGUGCUCUGUCCCUGCUGGUGUAUUUGGUGAUCUACACCGCAUGCCCCACUGACCGUGUCAUCGAUGACUCCUUCAUGGCCUCUAACCCAUUUUACAUCCAGGUCCUGUACCUCUACAUCUCCAUGCUGGCCUUACGUCCUAAGUACUACUUUGUAUGGACAUUAGCUGAUGCCAUCAACAAUGCAGCUGGUUUUGGCUUUAAUGGCUAUAACACAGACGGUACACCAAAAUGGGACAGAAUAUCAAACUUGAAAAUAAUGGACAUUGAGUUUGCCACCAGCUUUAAGAUGUUCUUGGAUAACUGGAAUAUUCAGACAGCCCUUUGGUUAAAAAGGGUGUGUUACGAGCGCUGCCCGUACAAUCCGACAGCAGCCACUUUCCUCCUCUCCGCCAUGUGGCACGGAGUGUACCCGGGGUAUUACCUGACUUUCGUCACGGGCAUCGGCAUGACAAUGGCAGCACGGGCAGUUAGGCACAACGUGAGGCAAUACUUCCUAGGCUCAGCCACACACAAGCUUAUCUAUGAUGUGAUCACGUGGGCCAGCACGCAGAUCGCCAUAUGCUACACUGUUGUGCCAUUUGUACUACUGGCAGUGGGGCCAUCACUAAAGUUUUAUAGCUCGUGGUACUGCUGCAUGCACCUGAUCUGCUUGUUGCUGGUGCUGGUGUUACCCGUGAAGUCCAGACGCUCACAUGCAAAACAACAGCAGCACCAGAGCAGCAUUCAGACCAGCGAACACAACUGCCUCUCCUCUCCAGACAACAACUGCAAUGAGAAGCAGAAAGCCACAUGAGGGCGGCAUGGAGGGCCGCUCGCUCACACACGCUGCUGUGAGGAACUCUGAUAUCAAUACUGAGAGACAAAGGGCGGCCAUUUCCGUCAGAAGAUCCAACGGUGGCAUUAACAAGGCACAAACUCCAGCAACAAAACAUGAUCAACAUAUACUAGGAUCUUAUGAAAUUGAGGGGUAUUUUUGGAUCUAGGUGAAUUAUUAUAGGAAGCAGAAUAAUUGACUUAAACGUCAGUAAAUCUAAAGUUGCCUUAAAGCCUCUAUAUAUUUAGGGCCUGAAGCAACGUAUUGGGAUCGUGUUACAUAGGAAUGGGCAGUCAUUCUUGGCUUAUAGCGUCACUACAUUAGUGCAAGAAGUCUAGCACUGGAAUCAGCUUCCACGCUAUGUAAAGGAUUCUGCCAUUUUCAUUUAAACAAAGUAACCUCAGUUUGAGUUCUCCUCAAAAGAAUGUGUGCGGUAAUGUUAAAAAAAAAACAAGUACUUGUGUAUUGCCAAACUCAUAGGCCUUAGGUUCCUAUCUCUUGCCAUCGAUUGAUCUUUAUUAUUUGUUAAUAGAGCUUUUCAGUCAUGAGAUCAAUUUGUAGACCAACCCAAAAGGCUAAUUCGCCAUGGGUUCCCUUGGGAAUUUUAAAUGGGUUUUUAGAAUAGUGGUGUUUGAUUUACGAGUAAAAUAAGGUCUGUGGUUAACAUUACUGGAAGCAACUUUCUCUCUUUGUUCGGCAACAAAAAUAAAAUGAAUGAUCCACUUGCUUGAUACAAUAAAUUAUGUAUAAUUCAUCAGACAACCAUUGCAGUCCUUAUGUUGCAGCAUAUUGGCAACAUUUUCAAAAUUCAUGUUUGAGGUAUGACUGCGUGAUUUAUGUUGUAGAACAAAAUGCAAAAGUCUCUUCAAGUAAUUAGACCUUAUUUUACUCGUAAAUUGAAAAUCGCUAUUCUUUAACCCAUUGGAAAUUCCUGAGGGAACUCACGGUUCAAAAAUGCUAAUUCUAAGGUUUUAGGACUACAAACUGAACAGCUCUAUUUCUGUGGUUUUCUAGUAGUUUCAUAUCUGCUGCUUUCUCUGGCUUGUCAACCUUUGUUGGGAACAAGGCUUAAAGGGAGGUGGUCUUCAUUUAAAAUAAAUCUUUUUUUUUUUUUUUGCUAUAAUUUCAGUGAUUUGUUUUGUUGAUUUUUGCUAGGGGCUUUCUAUUUCAUUAAAGGUGCACUCAGUAACUUUUGCCUUUGUGUCAUCUUGGACUUAAACUGACACCUAGUGGCUUGGAUGCAGCAUCAUUUAAAAUCAAUAGUUUUCAGUUUCAGAUGCCAUUGUAGAUAUUUAGUAUUCACAGUCAGCCAUGAUUACUUUAACAGGACGGUUGUCAAAUAACAGGACGGUUACUGAGAUUAAGCGAGGACGUAGUGUUUAGCUGGUCGUGUGAUUUUAAAAUGGCAGCCCCCAUGUGCGGACCCUCUCCAUGUAGAAUAAAACAGCUUUUAUAAGGUUACUGAUAUGACUGGAGUCUUCAUUUUAAUGUGAGUGGUCAUGAUUUCCUACAUAUAUAGCAAAACUACAAUUCAUGUCUUAAGGAGUUAAACUUUUUAAUGAGGAUGAAAUUACAGAGUGCACCUUUAAGGGUUGUAUUUAUGAUAUUGUUUAUGGAUUGUGGGUUUCCUCAGGGCUUGCAGGUCUCAUUUUAGACAAGAUGGUUUCUCUAUGAUCUAUGUUUCUCAGGAGCCAUUAACAGAAAACACCAUUCAUUGGGUCUCAUUCACUGAUAUGUGAACACAACAAGUGAGUAUGCACCUUAAUUUGUUCUUACCCUCGUUCUGAUGGUGACAAAUCUGGAUGAUUCUAAAUUAGGGAGUCCGUGCCAGAAGUUACUGAUUAGGAUAAUACACACCCAGACAAUCUCCAUAUAAGGGCUUUUCGCACAACACUCUCAUAAGAUGCACUCGUCUGAGAGGAUGUUCAGCAGGAUCUUCAAGUAAACCUAAGUGUGAAAUUCUCAAAACCAGUUGAAAUGCCUAAUAAUUUUUGUUUCUCAGAUAUAGUCCAAACUUAAUGUACUGUCAUUUAAAGGCCAUUCACACCAAGCACUGAAGUGUCUCGUUUUUAGAUGGUGAGUCAGAUUAAAAAGAACAUUAACUUUUAAAAACGCCUCCUGAGACACUUGUGUUCUGUUCUAUUCGUUGUGCUGCAUCUAGCUUUUUUAGUGUAAGAAACCAUUCGGUCUGAACAGCCCUUUAGUUAUUCAUAUACACAUCGUGGCUUAACACACUCCAUGUUCUAAGGCCAACGGGAGUUGUUGCAACAGUUUUACGACAACUCGUUAUGAUGGCAAAAUCGUACGAUAUCAUAUGACUUGGCUUGUGCAAAAAGGUAUACAUUUUAUUUCCAUAGAGACCCAACAAACAACAGAAUUUCAAAUUGAUACAAUUAUAAAGUUUUAGCUAGCCUUCAAUCCAACACUACUGUAUUUAGGUUUAGGGUUUGGUUAAGGGGUUAGGCUUUAUGGUUAGGUUUGGGUUAGGGGUUGAAGUAAGGAAAAAAAUUAAUAAAUUUGUUAGUUGGUUUGUUAAUUUUUCUCUAUGGAAGUAAAAGUUGUGCAUUUUGGUACAAGCCAACUCGAUUUUACUAUCGCACACUAUUAUUACGACUUGUUAUGAGACCGGGUUGGUUUUUGCGUUUGUGCGGUUUCAGUUGGUUCUAAAAUUGAAUGUAAAUUUUUAAUUAAUUUAAGCACAAACUUGUUGAUGAAUCAUGAAUUCUGCGUGAAAACAUCUGCACAUCGGAUUUACGCAUGGUUAGUGAAUGACACCCAGUAUUACUCAAUAUCACAACUUGUUUAUACAAAGGUAUUUUUAUUUCACAGACAUACCCAAGUGCAAUAUUUCAUCUUUUUCAUUAGUGCUUGUUGAGUGAAGAGAUUUGUUUUUAUUUUUGAAAACGAUGCUAGUGCUCUUAUCAAACCACCACAACAGUCAUAAUUGUGUAGUGCUUCAGUAUGUAUACAUGCAGUACUCAGUACUUUACUUGGAUACAUGUAAUACUACACACAGUACUUGGAUACAUGCAGUUUCAACAUUUAUUCAAUGUCAGUGCUUGACUACUUCAUUGUGUUGGAGUUUUUUCUGUUCAUCCAUCUGUGUUUUUGAGCCCUAAAGAAACCUGCAACAAUCGUGAUUAACAAAGUUGAUUUACUAAUGUCACAACAUUGAAUUUCUUCAAAUGUUAUCCAUAAAACAUUGUCAGAAAGCCUUGCUCAUGUCACUUCAUCUUAGUCCCCCGAAACCUACAUUUUAAAGGUGCACUCAGUAACUUUUUUUUUGUGUCAUCUUGGACUUGCAGUGACACCUAGUGGCGUGGAUGCAGCAUAAUUUAAAAUCAAAAGUUUUCCUUAACAGAUGCCAUUGUAGAAUUUACUAUUUACAGUCAGACAUAAUUAAUUUAGUCCAAGAGUGAAAGUGUCCAAUAAAAGGGUGGUUACAAAGAUUGAGUAAGUGGUAUUCGGCUGGUCAUGUGAUUGUAACAUGGCAGCCCCCAUUAGGGGACCCGCUCCACGUAGAAUAAAACAGCUUUUAUAAGGCUACUAAUAUGACUGGAAUUAUCUCCUCACGUGAGUGGUCAUGACUUUAUACAUAUGUUUCAAAAUUACAAUUCAUUUCUUUUAGGAGUAAAACUUGUUUAAUAAGGAAAUAAAAUACUGUUUGCACCUUUAAGAUAAGAGCAAAUGUGUGUUUUCUACCACAAGUUUAACUCAUUGUGAAAGUGACUUCUCUGCACGUUAAGUGAGCAAAGUACAGAUCUUUAGGUGUUAUUUAUGGGCUGAAGGGACUAAAGCAUUUACCAAAGUGAGUUUCACUGCAUAUUUGUUACUUUUGAUCAACACUUCAGGAGCUUGUUAAAAUAGCUCAAAAUGUAAGGGUAUAAGGGGUGAGUUGAGUAAAAAAAAUUAGCAGGACCAUAUACAUAGCCAGUUUAUGAAAAACAAGAAUAUGUUUUUCACGGGGGUAAAGCUGACCAACCUUCUAUCCCUGUGGUUUUAUAAGCACACUUCUAUAAAGUCUUAUUGUAUUUGGAUUCACUGAACACCAGGCACAUAAAAUCAGAUUAAUUACAGACCCUUAUGUACGAACAAGUGUAGCAACUGCAAAUCUGAUAGGAAGUUUAAUGCCAAGUCUGCAACUCUUGUUGGUAUUAUAUUGUUUUGCAAGUGUUGAAAAUGAAGAGUUUUGCUCACCAGUCCUGUAAUAUAUAAAUUGUAUAUUUUUGCUUAUUUUUCCUUAAAUAUUUAGCUUAAGGUGAUAGUUCACCAAAAUACAAAAACAGGGCCAUGUCCAGGAUUUUAUACAU